GUUACAAUGCCUGGAGGCACUUCUGUGGGCUCUCCCAACCUCAAAAUGUGAAUGAACUCGCUGAGGUGCUACGCAAUUCCAAGCUGGCUGAAAAGUUAAUAGAUCUGUAUGGGAACCCAGCAAACAUUGACCUCUGGAUUGGGGCAAUCAUAGAGCCUUUUGUUCCCCAGGGCAGAGUUGGUCCUCUUCUCACCUGCAUCAUUGCUACCCAAUUCAGGAAUCUUCGUGAUGGGGACAGAUUCUGGUGGGAGAACCCAGGAGUUUUCACUCCACAGCAGAUGAAUGCUCUAGAAAAAGUCUCCCUGUCAAAGCUGAUCUGUGACAACACUCGUAUCAAAAAGGUGCCCAAGGACAUGUUCAAGGUCAGCAGUUAUCCCAAGGACUUCGUAGACUGCCAUGAGAUCAACACACUCAAGCUCUCAUCCUGGAAAGAUUAG